AUGGAUCACGUCCCACACCUGGCAGGUUUGCGGCACCAUGCGCAAGUCGUAGACCAACCUUCUGAUUCAGUAGAGGGGGAAGCGAGUAUUGACGACAAUACCGUACAAGUACAAAUCUCCGCCGACGGUACGAAAAGUGCUGCAUCGCCGUCGUCGACGGUCGGCACUAGCAAGGACAUCCUUGAUGUAGAGAAGGGAGCUACCGUCAGUGUAGAACAUCCUGGAUACCGAUAUAUCGACUUCGAAGAAGACGACCCUCGCAAUCCAAUGAAUUUCACGCGUCGCAGAAAAUGGGCCAUUACACUCGUCGCCUCGAUGUCCACUAUUCUCGCAUCCUCCGCGGCGGGAGCUUAUAAUAUGGGGGUUCCGUCAAUGCUUCGCGAUUUAAAUUGCACGGAGUUUCAAGCAGCAGUAGGCCUCGCGGUCUAUCCCCUUGGCUUCGGCGUUGUCCCUCUUGUGACAGCUUCAUGGAGCGAAGAAUUUGGCCGAAUGCCCUUGUACGUCGGUAGCGCUGUGGGAUUUUGUGCCAUGUUUCUAGGCACAGCUCUAGCGAAGAAUAUCCAAUCCGUCAUAGUUAUGCGGUUCUUGUUAGGCGCGUUUGGGUCCACUGGCGCUACCAUGGUCGGUGGCACGAUUGCCGAUAUUUGGGCCCCGCAUGAACGUGGCCUGCCCAUGGCUUUGUUCUCUGCCGCCGCCGUAGGAGGUACCGGCGUCGGUCCAAUUCUUGCCGGCUGGAUUGAAAUGAAUCCGCAUCUUGACUGGAGAUGGAUUCAAUGGAUACAGUUAAUGUACAGCGUCGCGUAUACUCUGAUCCUACCGUUCGUUCUUACUGAGACACGAUCUGCCAUCCUCAUCAAUCGCCUCGCAUCGAAGGCGCGCAAAGAGGCCAAGAAAAAUGGCGAUCCGGAUUACAACAGAAUUCGUGCAAAAGUCGAUCGACCACGAUUGGGGCAGCUGAUUUGGGUUUCCUGCACCCGGCCCAUUUAUUUGUUGUUCACGGAGCCGAUUGUGAUAGCGUUCAGUUUGUGGAUCGGCUUUUCUUGGGGUAUCAUCUACGGUGUCAUCGAAUCCAUGGGUACUGUCUUCAAGACACUCCAUAACUUUAAUCAAGGGCAGAUAGGGACAGCGUUCGUCAGCAUGGUCAUCGGGACUCUCUUCGGCUUCAUAACGGUUCAAUACCAGGAGCAACUUUAUAAGAAAUAUUAUCCAAAGCGAGAUAUGGAGGCCCGAUUGUACACAGCGUGUUUCGCCGCGAUUUUGUUCCCGGCAGGCAUCUUCAUAUACGCCUGGUGCUCUUUCACGCGGGUGCAUUGGAUUGGUUUGAUUAUUGGCAUCGUGAUCUUUGGAUGGGCAUCGUUCUUGAUUUACCACUCGGUGUUCACCUACCUCGCUGACUGUUAUGGUCCAUUUGCAUCCUCUGCGCUAGCUGCCCAGAGCCUAUUCCGUAAUUUACUGGGAAUGGCCUUUCCGCUCUUCAUCCAGCCAUUGCUGACGGCGCUUACGUUCAAAUGGGCAAAUACCUUGCUCGCCUUCGCCGCUGUGUUGUUACUACCAAUACCAUAUGUAUUGUAUUUCUUUGGGCCAUCCAUUCGAUCUCGCAGCAAGUUUGCCAGUGCAGUGAUGGCUAGCCAACACAAGGCUCCUAGGAACUAA